CGGACCACUUUUCUCGUUGCGGAUUGAAAUUACCUCGCUCUGUGCACCGUAACUCCUUGGAAAUUUUUUAAAGCAUCUUUAUACGUUCAAAUAUAUACGUUACGAUGGAUGUAGAACGUGGAUGUUGCUGGCGAUGUGAGAUAAAUAAAGCAAAGAAGAAAUGUACUCAUUGCAAUAUUGCUGAGUAUUGUGGAACUAUUUGUCUGGAUCGUGACAAGAUCAGACAUCAAGUAGAAUGCGACAUGUGGAAUAGAAACAAAGAGUGUGCCAGAUGUAAAAAGAAACUUAAAUGCUCAUUGUGUUCUGCAUGCAAAGAAAUCACUUAUUGCAGUCGAGAAUGUCAACUCAAACAUUGGCCAACUCACAAAGCUGAAUGCAAACAAAUUCGCCAACAAGUGAAAACGUUGGCCGAAAGUCACAGAUUCCAUCUUCAGAAUUUUAAUAAAAUGCAUAGCAUAGAUGGUUUCCCUUACUUUUUCGGGAACACUCUAGCUAUCGAUGUACUGAAACUAGGCCUCAAUGAAGCAGAACCAUCUUUAAAAAAUGUUGCUUCUCAACUUGCAAGAGAUUACAACAUCUUAUUCGCUGGUGUUGGAGACUUGCGAAAUCUUCUGCUAACAACAGCAUCGCUUCCAAACAACUUCACUGGUAACAUCAGGUUUACCCUAAACGACAUCGAUCCAUUUGUUUUAGCAAGAGGUGUACUGUUUCUAUAUAUGAUGAUAACUCGGAGCUCAAGAAAAUAUAUUGAGGCCUCAAUCACGAAUAUAUGGUAUUCGAUUCAACUCCCGGAUGAAGAUUUCCAUCUCCUGAUGUCAGCCCUCAAUGAACUUAUAGAACACACUGUCGAAACGCUGAAGGGUAGAACAAACAAUCUUUUGGAUGUAGAGGACAAAGAUUUUGAAAUGAUGAAAGAGGUUUGGGGAAAGUGGAGAGAAAUGGAAUGUGAGACUGGAAAGCAUAAUUCCAUUCAUUUGUCUGCUCAGAGAUCUAGCAUGUUUGACAGAGAUCCCGGUUCAUCCGAUGGUAUAUCUACUUACAUUCAUAUGAUUCCGAAAGAGUAUCGCGUAUCUGCAAAAGAAUACUUUGAAAAAGGAUUGUUUUUACCAAAAUAUGUCCUUAAGAGAAGGGAGUUAAAAUAUGAUAACCCUACCCUAACAGGACGCCCAAGGUUGGCAGAUAAAGGUAUGCAUGUUCCAACAAGACCAAAAUGUUAUAACUUCGUCUACUGCAUCCGAGCUGAUAUAUUACCAUUCAAUGGUUGGGAUUACAUCCAGGCAAAAAGUGUAUCGCAACCCAACUCAAUCGUUGAUCUAUUCCAUACGUACAUUGCCAGCAUUAUAAAAUCUGCAUUAAUAUUUUUUGGAAGAAAUAUGAUCUAUUCAAAGCUCAUUCUCAAAAAUUGUACAGAUCUUUUUAAGUUAUCUAAUGCUAAGCCAGAAUUCGACCGCAUUAUGACGUCUAACAUUGCAGAUUUCACUAACAUCAAAGUACUGCUAUCAUCAAUGCGCCCUCUUCUGAGCACAACAAACAAACAUGCCGUACUUGUUACGGAAUUAUUAAACUGGACAUGCACGUGCCCAGAGGCAGAUUUGGGGAAUCCACAAAAUUCAUUCAAGGUACACCACUUAGGAUUGUCAGAUAAAAUGGUAAAAGACACAGGGCGCCGUGAGCUUGCAAAUAUACUUCAAGGUAUGAAAGAUUACUAUGACGACACUACAUUGUUCACUCGUUACUUGCGCAUUUUGUUUCUUGCGAUAACGGAUAAACCGUCAGUGAAAGAAGAGGUUCCAUUCUUUCUAAAAGCUUUUGACAAUAUUGAAGGUUUCCGCCUGAGAGAUUUCACAAAAGAACUUAAUAAGGUAAUGCCAUUUCGAUAUCGGUUGAACACAAGACCAUGUAAUCAAUGUACUGGAUUUGAGAGAAACUUAGAAUGGCAACUGGUUUAA